CGCACAUUCUAUACACAAGGCUUAAGAAGAACGAUACUGUAGGUGCGCUUUUACGCAUUAAUUGGGGUCUAUUAGUUUUUACGCACAGCGAUCCAUCGAUGUAACUUUGGAACAGUUAACUUUUAUGCGUGUUUGAACUUUCAGUGUGUGGCAAUGACUCUCUCCAGUGAGUUUGAUGCUUCCCAACACGCAGCCUUGCCUCUAGAGGAGACUGAUAUUGACAUAGUUGGCGAGGAUGAGCCUCCACAAGGAAGUUUUUAUCGGAAUGAGUGCUCUACGGACCCCGGCUUCUCAGCAGAAUCUGGAGCUGAGUUUGACUCCUCAGAGCCUGACUCUUCUGGAGAAAGUGAGAGCAGUUUCUGUGCAGACACACCAACCUCCAGGAAAGCCCAGAGCAGCACGGUGAAGCCUCCUUACUCCUAUAUCGCCCUUAUCACCAUGGCCAUCCUGCAGAGCCCACAGAAGAAGCUGACUCUGAGUGGCAUCUGUGAUUUCAUCAGCAACAAGUUUCCAUACUACAGAGACAAGUUCCCCGCCUGGCAGAACUCCAUCAGACACAACCUCUCCCUCAACGACUGCUUCAUCAAGAUUUCGAGGGAGCCUGGGAACCCGGGCAAAGGUAACUACUGGUCCCUGGAUCCUGCUUCAGAGGACAUGUUCGACAAUGGCAGCUUCCUGAGGCGUAGGAAGCGCUUCAAGAGGAAUCAACCUGAGCUCGGCAAAGACGGACUAAUGUUUUAUACCAACUUGAAUUGUUACCGGCCUUACGGGCAACCGUAUUGCGUACAGGGCCAGGUAAGCCCACCGCCCGCUGCGCCUUUUCGCUACAAUCCCCUGCAGGAGGGAAUCAUGAUGCCUCCUUCUUCCUAUCACCUCCUGCCACAAACUCUUAAUAACCACGGAAAAAGCAGUGGUCCUAAAGACUUCAGAGCGCAGCUUUGCGCAACAGAGCCAAAGCCUGGCUCGCAGAGAAAGUGCUCCUUCAGCAUUGACAGCAUCAUGAGCAAACCCUCUGCCACCAGUCCGCAGAACCCAAACCCAAGGCAGACCUCUCACAGCUCUCUCGGGUACCCUCAUCUCAUGUCAGGCCCUGCUGCAUGUUUGGUGCCUUCUCUCCUGCAGGCGCCAAGGACUCCUUUCUGUCCUCCUGCCAUGCUGAGCUCCGCUCCUUUCAUAAACGAGCAUCUCAGACUGUCUUUCCCUCACUGCUGAGGCCUUUAGUUGCACAAAACAUCUGAAAGUGUCUGUAUUUGUAUGCGUACUGUAUGUGAAGGCACGUUGGUGUUGGACAUUUCUUAAAGAAAUAUUUUGAUUGCAUGAUAUUUAUGUGCGUUGACAUUCAAGUUCUGUCCUAAGUGAAAUCAUUGUAAAUAAGAUAAGUGGUAAUAUAUUUGUUGGAACAGUGUUGAA